AUGGCUGAAGGGAGUGAUGCGAGGGCGUGGGAGGAGCUGAUCCCCGAUGCCCUGGGCCUCAUCUUCCGCAACCUCCCUCUCCAAGAGAUCUUCACCGUUAUUCCUAGGGUCUGCAAAUUGUGGUCGCGAGUAGUAUUGGGCCCCUACUGCUGGCAGGAAAUCGACAUCGACGAGUGGAGCCAGCACUACAAGCCAGAGCAACUCGAUAAAAUGCUUCACAUGCUCAUAGAUCGCAGCUAUGGCUCCUUCCACAGGCUCAGUGUUUCCGGCCUCCAUACCGAGUCCAUGUUCACCUUAAUUGCAGACCAUGCUGGUUCCCUUCAGAGGUUGGAGCUUCCAAGAAGUGAAAUGAACGAUGCCAUUGUCAAACUUGUUGCACCAAGAUUGUGCAAUUUGACUUACUUGGAUGUCAGCUACUGCUCAAAGAUAGGUGCUUGUGCGAUCGAAGCGUUUGGAUCUCUCUCUUUCCGAUCCCUAUCACUACGCCCUCAUCGCUUCCAAUUCCUUCGUCAAGGUAAAAGCAUCGCACUCUCGGUUCCGGUUCCUUCAGCGAUGCGGCUGUGGAGCUGGGCCGUGAACUGGUACUCCCUCCCUCGAAGACGAAUUAACUUCUACAACUUCACCUUCAAUCAAGACAUCAUGAAACAAAUAUGCUGA